ACAGACAGGCAGGCAUGGAUGAUGGAAUCGUUGGUCGCAGUGAUGUCAACAUCAACGUCGACAUCGACAUCAAAACCAACGUCGCACCAUCGUACGGCAUAGAGUAGCUCGAGGGUUCGCAGGUACACACGCGAGGGGGGGGGGUUGAUGUCGGUCGAGGCAAGGGUGCUGCAUGUGGUGUGUGGUAUGCGGUAUGGGGAUGGUGGGGGACCGGCCAUCGACCGUGGAGAUUCGGAGCGACGGCUUGAAAUGAGUGAAGGAGGUGGUGGUACAUCCCUUGUUUGCAUUUCGCUAGCCAAGACCGACCUUCAAACUCCCUUGUGAGGUACAGUUGCGAGUGUACACUUGAGAUUUGGGUCCAUGGUAUGCUAUCAUGGCCCGUCAAACUUGAAAAGCGAUUGUGAUAGGGGAGCCUGAGCCUGCAGAUCUCCGGAGCUCGUGUGCUGAUUCUUGAUUCCUGAUCCUUGUCACCAACUCCCGCACAUCGGCUCUUUGCACCUUUGCACCACAUCCAUAGUAUCCACUCUCAGCCCCAUAUAGCUUUUAGCUUUUCGGAACAUAUCACUGUCAGCGAAACAGCGAACGUACUAGUAUCCAUCCAUUCAUACAGUAUGUAUGAAAACAGUC